GCAUCGUCAUUAUUUUAUUAUUAAUUAUCUCUACAUAAUCAUACACAAUACACGUGUGGCCCUCGUAUUCUCUUCUCUCUUGUCUCAUCUCCUUCCCCCCUCAAUAAAUACAAACCAUACACAAUUCAAUUAAUAUCUUAUCACUCUUACGUGUCGUGUCAACCUUGUCGUGAUCUCAGAUGCUGCGCAAUAAUAAUUUACUUUCAUUAACUUUUUAUUCUUCUACUCUAUUAUUUUUUUUUCUUUCAUAUUUAUAGUAACUUUUUUUUUUUUAUAUUGCUUUAAUUCAUAUAUCAUUAUUUUACUUGAUGAGAUUUAAAUUAAAUUACUGUAAUAAUAACUUACAUUAAUUUUUAUUUAUAAAAAAAAAAAAAAAAGGUAAAAUUAUUUUGUAUCAAUGUUUAGUCAGACAUCAGAAAAAUAUGUUUCAAUAUUGAUAGCGAAUUUAUUAUCGUCGUCACAUAUGGUUUUAUACCCCGGAAAUUGAAUUUUUAUUAUUUUUUUUUUUUCAAUUUUUAAAUACUUCCGUAAAAUAUUUUUAAAAUUAUACUGGUAUCUUUAUUUAUCUAUUAGUAAAAAAACAAAUGUAAAUUUUUGAAAAUUAUUUAUAGCUUUUAAUUUAUAUUUUAGGUAGAAAUUUUUUUUUUUUUCUUUUUUGAAUGAAAAUUUAAUUUGUAAAUUAAACAGUCGAUAUUUAUAAAUAUAUAAAUGGUAUUAGAUGGUGUAUUUACUCUCGUGAUAGUUUAUGCAAAAUUUAUAAAUACAUCUUACAGUUUUGAUAUGUGUGUGUGUGUAUUUAGUACUCGUUCAUUUAAAACUUUAUAACACCCAGUUUUGUUUGAGAGAAAUCGCGUGCGUGUUUCGUACUUUGCGCGUUCCAACAACACAAAUGAAAAUAAUAAAAAAAAAAAAAAUUAAAAUAAAAAAGGCAAAUACACCCGCAUUUAUUAAACAGACCUGCAAAUGUAUAUAUACACAAUUGUUGAUUAUAUCUGCAAGUAGUGUAUGUAUAUAUCUACGAGGUGAAUAAAAAAAAAUUUUAAAAAAAAGAAAGAGAGCAAAAGCAACAAAAAGACUAAUAAAAAAAUUUUUAAAAAAUAUAAAAAAAAAUAAAAAAACAAGUAAAGAGUUCAGACUCAAUGUUGGCAGUACAAUAGUGCAAUAUCGGCAAUCGUGUCGUGCGGAUCAAACGUUUAAAAUUAAUUAAAAUUAAUUAUAAAAAAAAAUAAAAAAUUACAAAAAAAAACUCCACUCUCUGCAUCGAGUAAUUUUUUAUUAAAUAAAACUUUCUAAAAAAAAAAAAAUUAAAUAAUUCUUAUCAGUAUUUUAAAUUUAAAAAAAAAUAAAAACAAUAAGCAAAAUUUGAUUAUUUUAAUAUUAACAAUAUAGUAAAUAAAAAAAUUUUACAUUUAAAAAAAAAAUAAAAGGUGCUUUUCUGUGUCACGAUGGUGUUUUUAAUUCAAAUAAAUUCAACAAGCUUAAAAGCUCAUGAUAACAAGUAGGGAUGAAGAAAAGAAAAAAAAAAAAAAUAUUGUUUAAGGAAAAAUGUAUAAAAAAAUGUACAAGUUAAAUAAUGAGUGUGAUUUGCUAAAAAAAUUAAUAAUUAAAAUGACAAUUAACUUAAUUAAUUAAUUAAUAAUUAAUUGAAUUUAAUAAAUUUUUUUUUAUGAAAAAAAAAUUGCAUUUAGUGGCAAGUGUAUCGAUCGAUAUAUUUUCUUUGUUAAUAUUUGUAUUAUUUUUAUUUUUUUUUUGCAAAAAAAAGUUGAAUGUAACACUUGUUCAUCAUCAUCAUCAUCAUCGAUCGGACUGAAACUCGAUGCGCGCCGCGAACGCGCCCUCUUCUUCAUCGAGUUCAACAUAACAACACACACAUAUCAAAAGUUGUAGAAGAGAGUCGUGUGUUGCGCCGUCGUUUCUCUCACGAAAUUAUUCAAUUUAAUAAACAAUAUUAUUAAUUAAAAAUACAACAACAUACAUGUACUUGUGAUAAAGUGAGAUAAAUAAUUUAUAGACUGAAAUAAAAAAUUUAUUAUAUUAUUUCGAAUAUAAUAUUUGAAUAAUGGAUCAACCCUGGAACACAACUACGCGGUGGUACACGCCUUCAAAAAAAUUUACCUGACGUCAUCUAGUCCUUAUUAUUUAAAUAAUUAAUAUUUAUAAUUUAUCAUAAAUUUGUGUUGUGUUAUUGCAAGUGUAUAGCUAAUAUUUCUAUAAAUUUUUUUCUUUUAUUUUUUUUCUAUUUUAUAAACUAUAAAUGAAUUUCGAAAAGAAAAAAAAAAAAUUCGAAAUUUAGUGCAAAGUGUUUACGAAAUAGAAAACAAUAUAUAUUAUUCAUUUUUUUUUUUUUUUUUUUGAUAUUUAAUUAAAUAAAAUUUGUGAUUUAUAUAUAUUUUAAUAUAUUAUUUGACUAUUUAUAGAAAAAUGAUUUACCGAAAAUUUUCACGUAGAGCUAGAAAAAAAAUAAGCAUUAAAAUGAUUACCAAUUUUUCGAUUGUUCUUUUUUGUUUUUUUUUUCUAUAAAAAGUUAUUGGUAGUUUUAAAAAUUUGAUGAUAUUGAUAAGAGGUUGAAAAUAAAUAAAUAAUAAUCGUGAUAAUUUUUUCCUUGUCAUCAUCAAGGCUGUAAGUAAUACUAGACAUCAUUGUGUCAUUAACACGAACUCUAUGACGUCCAUAAACUGAAUUUUUUUUUUCAUAUCAUCAAAAUGAUAAUUAAUAAUAAUAUUUCCAAAUAUAACAUGAUGAUAAAAUAAAACCACCGAGCCAGCAUUUAAAAAAUUACAAAAAUAAAUAAAUAAUAAAUAUUAAAUUACAAAUAAAUUAAUAAAAAUUGUAUGCUCACUUAAAAUUUCUAUACACGCAACCGUCGUUUAAAUAAUUAAAAAAAUAAAUAAAUAAAUAAAAUCAAAAUUAAUAGUUGGUGAUAAUAAACUAGUGAAUUAUUUAAAAAAAAAAUAAAUUCAAAAUGUUUUGCUUCCAAUCGCGUUUUACACGAACAUUACGUGGUAAUUCAUCAUCAGUUAAAACUGAUGUACCAUCAACAAAGCUUUCCUCCCAACAACAACAACAACAACAACAGCCAACAACACCAAAAAAAUCAAUAGACACAAAAAAUACAAAUGAUAAUAGCAACACAAUAAAAGGCAAUACAAUAAGACGUAAUUCAGAAGCAGCAAGUGAAGAUUCUGGAUCAUCAUCAAUUCGUUAUAUUGAUCAAUUAUCAAAAUCCGAAAGUAGUAGUACUGAUACAUUACCAGGUAUACAUGCUGAUUAUUUUGAAUCAGAACCAUUAUCACCAGGUCUUGUAACACUUGAUAUACCAUCAGCAUCACCAACAACAACAACAACAAUAUUUACAAAUAAAAAACAAAUAUUAAAAAAAACAAAUAAAAAAAUAUCUGGUAAAUGGAAAAAAAAAUUAUUAUUAAAAUUAAAAAAUGAUAAUGAUCAAGUUUGUUUAAUAAAUAAUGAUAAUAAUAAAAAUAUAAAAAUCAUAAAUAAUAAUAAUGAUGGUAGUAAAAUAAUAAAAGCAAGUUCAACAAAUGAUUUAUUGACAUUGAAUGGAUUUAGUGAAGGUGAGGAUAAUAACGAUCAUGACGUAGAUGAUGAUGAUGAUGAUGAGGAAGAAGAGGAUGAUGAUGAUGAUGAUGAAAAAGAAAUUGAUGAUAAUGUUGUUGACGACGAGGAUGAUGAUGAUGAUGAUGAUAUGGAAGCAGAGGAAGAAGAUUAUGACGAGGGUUGUGAUGCUGAAACAGAAACAGAGGAAGGUUCAUCAAUGCCAUCAAGUCCAGCAGUUGCAUUAUCUGUUGUAAUAGCACCAUCAGUAUCACAAGUACCAUAUUAUGAUUUUUUAUCAGUUAAUGGUGGUUCAAUGAGACAAGAAACAACAAGUACAAGUUCACCACAAUUAUCAAGUAGUAAUACAUUAAUAAAUAAUAAAGAAAAUAUAAUUAUUACUGAUGAUGAUAGAUUAUCAGUAUCUGGUGAUUGUUGUAAUCCGUCCGUUGUUGGUAUGAAUUUAAUUAUAAAUAAUAAUAAUAAUAUUAAUAAUAAUAUUAUUAAUAAUAGUAAUAAUAAUAAAAAUGAUAAAUUACUUGAUACACCAACAACAUUACCAGCAGCAAGAUCAUGUCCAAAUCUUGAACAACAAUCAAUAUUUUUUUCAUCAGCAAGUUGUAGUAAUAGUCCAAGUCCAAGUCCAGGACCAGCUGGACCAAGAUUUAGACCAAUUGAAGAGGGUGAUGUACAAGUUUGUUAUCUUAAUCAUACAAGAACACUUGUCAGUAAAAUAUUAUCAAGUAAAUUUUUAAGAAGAUGGGAAACACAUCGUCUUUAUCUCAAUGAUGCAUGUCUAUCAUCAAAAACAAUGACUGGUUUUCUUCAUCAAUCAGUGCCAUACAGCAGCAUGACUGAAGUAUAUGCAGUUGCAAGAUGGGAUCCAACUUAUAAAUAUUGUUUGAGAAUUGUCUUGCCAGAUGGUUCAUUGCUAUUGCAAGCAAGUAAUGCAUACACAAGAGAUCAAUGGUACCACUCAAUUUUAUGGAAGAAAAAUAUUUACAAAUAUCAAAAUACAGUUAAUGAUAAAAAUGUUAAUGAAGAUACAAUAUUACGUGAAUUAAAAUCAAUGGUUGAUUUUUCACUAUGGACACCACUACAAGAUGCUAGAAUAAAUACAAUACCACUUGAAGCUGUUGCAAAACUUCUUGAAUAUCCAAUUGAUGAUGAUAAUGAUGAUAUUAUUGAUGAAAAAAUUAUCAUGAAAAAUGAAGAAUUAAUAAUACGUAAUGAUAGUAAAAAUUGGGCUGAAUCAGUAUUAUUAGUUGCAUCACCAUUGUUAGAAAAAUCAGCACCACCAACAGCAUUAGCACGUGCAUUAUCACGUAUAACUAAAAAAUAUCCAACAUCACCAUUAGUUGAAUCACUUGGUCCAGCAAUAACACGUUGUUUAAAGCAUAAUGUUGAUUUUGGUAAAUCACAAGAUAUGAGAAAAUUAAUACAAAUGUUUAUUGCUGCAUUAUAUGAAAAUAUAAAUGGUGAAAAUUUAUUAAGAAAUUAUAUAUUAUCUGUACAUGGUCCUGGUAGUGAUUGUCCACAUCCACGUGUAUUAAAUAAUUUACUUGCAAUUUGUGUUGCUGCAAUAUUUCACAGAUUUGAAGUUACAAAUCGAGGUAAUUUAAAUACAGAAUGUAUGUCUCAAUCACCACCAUCUACGCCAUCCACACCACCACCACCACCACUACCACCACUUGAGUGUUAUCUUCAUGUUCUUAAAAUAACAUCAGAGUAUGCUGAUUGGAGACCAGGUUUAGGUGAAUUUCUACAGCCAAUACCAUUUCCAAAAGAUGCACUUGAAAAUAAAGAAUUUCAAGAGUCAAUGAUAUUACCAGUAUUUAGACAAUUUGCUAAUGAUAAUAGAUGUAGUGUUCAUAAAUCAUUAUUACCAGUACGUGAACCACGUUUAGGAUGGAUUCAUAUUGUUGCACCAUCAAGCUCAGCAUGUCCAGAUGAUGGUACACUAUUUGGAGAAAUGCUAACAACAUUGUUAAAUUGUUGUUGUCGUCGAAAAAAAUUUAUGAGCUCAUUGUUAAAAAAUACAAAAAGUGCAUGUGUAUUACUUGGUAUACGUGGUUGUGAUGCUGCACAGGAAGCAUUAUGUUUGAUGCUUGAAUGGAAACUUUUAACAAAUGACGAGGGACGACAAGUUGUAUCUGCCCUUCAGUCAACGAACUCUGGUAAAGAACGUUAUACAGCACUUUGCCAACGUCAACGAAAUCUUCAAGAACUGCAACAAAAAGGUGGUCCUAAAAAAUUAACACUACCAGUACGUGCAACUGAUGCUGAUGUUGCAUUAUUACUUGGUGGUGGUGCACUGGGUAAUCUUGAAUGUUUAACACUAGCAUUUACAUCAGUAACAUCAGCAUGUGCUGAACAAUUAAUAAGAUUACCUGGUUUACGUUAUUUAAAUUUAUGGGCAACACAAUUUGGUGAUGCUGGAUUACAAAUGAUUAGUGAACAUUUACAAAAACUUCAGGUACUAAAUUUAUGUGAAACACCAGUGUCUGAUAAAGGUAUAUCAACACUAGCAUCACUGACAAAUCUUAAAAAAUUAAAUUUAAAUAGUACUAAAUUAUCAGCUCAAGCAUUUGAAUUAUUGAAGCAACGUUUGCCGUUACUUCAAGAGUGUAAUGUACUUUAUACUGAGGCCUGGAGACCAGAGUCAAUACCCUGAUUAAAAACAACAAUUAAUAAUCAAUAUAAUAAAAAUAAAAAUAUUUAUUCCAGUGUCAAAUUUAAAAGACAUUGUUUGUAAACAUUUCUAACAAAAAAAAAAAAUUCCUUUUUUCUUAUUUUUUAAAAUUUAUUAUCUUUUUUUUUUUUUUUCUUUUUUAUAUUUAAUUUUAGUUUAUUAUCAGUAAUAAUUUAGAUAAUAUUUAUCAAUGGUGAUAUUUAGUUUUAAAUAUUAAUUUUAAUAAAUGAUUUUUUUUUUUUAAAUUAAAUUUUUAUUUCUAUAAAGUAAAAUUUCAUCUGCAUGAUUAUUAUACCAUUAAUAUAAAUAAAUAAUUAAAAAAAAAUUGAUAUUUAUUGUUCAUUUUAUAAUCGUAAAUUUCAAUUCAUCAAAAGUAAUAAUAAAUAAUAAAUAAUAAAUAAAUAAUAUUGAAUUCUGGCCUGAAAGAAUUGAGUCAAGAAUUAUUGAGGGUAUUUAUUGGUACGCUUUAAUAGCUAGAUGAUUGCAAUUUAUAAAAAUAAUAAUAGUUUACAGUAUAUUGAUUAAAAAUAAGCAAAAAAAAAAAAAUACGAAUUUAAAAAAAAAAGUGGUUGUAGAUGGGCCUUUUUUAACAGUUUUUUUUUUACGUCUCCGUUAGCUUCAUCAUCGUCUGUCGUUUAUUCACUGUCAGAUUAUUUAAAUUUAAAAAAAAAAAUAUUAAUUAUUACAGUCGAUUGAA